CAAUGUAGGGAAAGCGGUGGCUUAGGGACCCAGACGAUGGCCGGCUGGGACUACCUUAGCCUGCAGAAGGUGCUGAGCAUCUGGUAGUGGAAUCUGUGAAGGGCAGCGCCCUGCCCUCAGGAGGUGAAGGGACUAUGGAACCCCGAGGUCAAAAUUACCCAAACUGGGACACGAGGGGCAGGCGUGCUACCAUCUUCCCCCAGAGAGAAGGGGUCAAGCUUCCGGUACCCUCUACGUUCCUUGCUCAAUAUGAAGAUACUGCUUUCCUGACAACCAGAUACAAGACUUUCCUGACCAGGAAAAGGGCCUUGUGUGACUUCAGGGUGAGAUGGCCGGAGCUAGUCUCCACGGAACAGGAGCCACAGAAAGAGGACACAUCCUUCCUCGGACUCCCUUCCCUUGACAGAAAGCCCACGGACACAAGCUCCUGCUCCUCCGCUAGCAUCAGCCUCAAAAAUCAGGAGAGCAGCCACGGCGACCUCGAGGAUCCCAAGGAAUUCACUGGCUGCCUCGCAGAAGGCUUUUCAGAGUCUCCUCAGGUGACCAUUCUCAACAGCUACCUGAAGCCGGAGUCAAUGACACGGCUGGAGAAGAAAGUGAGGAGGAAGACCGUGGUGGUCAUGAAUCAGCUGGAGCACGAGAAGGAAUCGUCUAAGUUCCGGAGGGCAGUGCUACUGAGGGACACUAGGGAGCUCCAGGAUGAAAAGGCUUACCAGGAAGCAGGGAACAAGCCCUUCCUGGAGUACCUGAAGGAGAAAAACCAGGAAACCCAGGAGAAGUACGACUCCCUGUGGAAAGACUACAUCCAGCAGUGUCAAGAGAUCAAGGACAGGAGGCGAGAGCUGGUCUCCACCUUCACCUCACAGAGGGAAGACCUCCAGAAGGAGCUGAUGCGGAACAAGAAGUUCGACGCCAGCUUGAAGAAGAAGCUGCAGGCCCUGGAGCCCAUCGCACGCAUAAGGGAGAGCCAGGAUCGGGAGAUAAAAGCCUUAGAGUUAGAGCACGCCAGCUUGGUAGCCAACGUCCCCUUCAUGGACCGAGAGGCACACUUUCAGUUCCUGAGGGAAAGGGCCGCCUUGGAGAAGCAAGUGGAGGGUAUGAACCUGCUGGAGUCUGGAGAGGGCAUCACCAGGGAGCUGAAGAAGAAGACCAAGGCCUGGGACACUGCAGCAAGACAGGCUCACGAGGACUUCUGCCAAGAUGUCAAUGCACGGAACAGGCAGCUGCGGACACAGCUCCAGCAGCUGGAUCAGGAAUUCUGCAAACUGGAGAUCAGAAAGGAGAAGCUGGAGCGGCGAAAGCAGCAGUGGAAAGAGCAGCAGUGGUACCUGGAGGCUCUGGCCCGGGGGAGGGAGCGCCUGCAGCGGCGGGAGUACCGCCGGCAGGAGCGGGAGCACCGCCGGCAGAAGCGGGAGCACCACCGACAGCAGCAGGAGCACCCAGCACUGAGCCGUCUACUGGAUGCCAGGCCGAAAGCCAAUCCUAAGUAA